CCCAAGCUCAAAUGAGAGCUCUGCUCGACCAGCUGAUGGGAACCGCGAGGGACGGUUCAGUGUAUCUUUGCCAGCCUACAACAAUCUGCAAAGGAGUUGCAGAAAAGCCUCAUGUUCAUCGAGCCGUAUGGGCAAGAAAACUGUUCCCAUUUAUACUUUUCUACAGCGGGUUUAAAAUUCUGCAGCUGAGGUCUUGAAGAUGCAGAAGGGUACAGUAUGUGGUGCAGAUCGCAGUGUGUAUAAACUAAUUUUUUUCCUUGGAUUUCUUUUAUAUUUUUUGUUUUGAGUUUCUUUUUCAAUGUUUCAUAUUUGUAAAAGGCUUGGCUGGAACAUUUGUCUGAAAUGUUUACAUUUCUUAUCACAGUCUUGAUAGCAGACUUUCCUGAAUAGUCACACGCAUUGAAACGUAAUGAAAACGUUACAAAAUCAAGGUACAUCAGUUCACACUAGUUAAUUGAAACACAAUUUAUAGUUUUAUUGAGGCUUGGGUACGGUAAGCACCAAGAAUACCAGGAAGUACCAUAUACAUGCAGAGCCACAUGUACUUCUUUCUAGACACAUAAAUGGAUAAUAAACACAGUCCAGCAGAGGCACAGUCUUUAUUACUGGUAAAUAUAAUGCUACACCAAUGAAAUAUAUGUAAAACUUUGACAAUCAGAAAUAAAACAAUUGUUUUUUGCUCAUUUAGGUGGGCACACAAUCCUUUGAAUGCAGUUGUAGUGACACAUAUCUGCCCAUUUAAUGUUGUGCAAUUACAGUAAUGUCUAUUAAAGCACUGGAUACCUCGCCCCUAAUAACAAAUAUGUGAGGUCCUUCUCACUGGUUGUUUUUUGGACUGUUUCAGGGGAUGAGACGCGACAGAGGGUCAAGUUCACGGACGAGCGAGUCUGCAAAAGUCAUCUUCUAAACUGCUGUCCACAUGACAUCCUGUCUGGAACGCGUAUGGACCUGGGAGAGUGCACGAAGAUCCAUGACCUGGCACUUCGGGCAGAUUAUGAAAUUGCUUCCAAGGACAGAGAUCUGUUCUUUGAGCUUGACGCGGUGGAUCACCUUGAGUCAUUCAUCGCCGACUGUGACCGGAGGACAGAACUAGCCAAGAAACGCCUGGCUGAAACCCAAGAAGAGAUCAGCGCUGAGGUGGCAGCAAAGGCAGAGAAGGUUCACGAGCUGAAUGAGGAAAUAGGGAAGCUCCUGGCCAAGGCUGAGCAGCUCGGAGCCGAGGGCAACGUCGACGAGGCCCAGAAGGUCCUGCAGGAAGUCGAGAAGGUCCGCACCAGGAAGAAGGAUGCAGAGGAAGAGUACAGAAACUCCAUGCCAGCCUCCAGCUUCCAGCAGCAGAAGCUUCGGGUGUGUGAGGUGUGCUCUGCUUACCUGGGUCUCCAUGACAACGACCGUCGUUUGGCCGACCAUUUCGGUGGGAAGCUUCAUCUGGGCUUCAUCCAGAUCAGAGAGAAACUGGACCAACUAAAGAAAACUGUUGUGGAAAAGCAGGAGAAACGGAACCAGGAGCGCUUGAAGAGACGAGAAGAGAGGGAGAAAGAGGAAAAGCUGAAGAAGAGGACCAGAUCACGUAGCAGAGAGCAGAAAAGAUCUCGCUCUCGUGACCGCAGAAGGAGGCGCUCGCGCUCCACAUCACGAGAGAAGCGCCGUUCGCGCUCACGCUCCAGGGAGAGGAGGAGGAGGCACCGCAGCCGAUCCCGCUCACGCAGCCGAGGACACCGUCACAACCACGAGCAGGGCUCCAGACACAAGUCGUCCAGGGACCGAGAACGCUCAUCCAGAGACAGAUCACGGGAGCGAGAGAGGAGGGACGGCAUGAACGGCAGGUCGGACGCCCGCCGGGCAGACGACAGGGACGUGGGGGACCUCUGAAGACCAAACUCCAUCCAUCACGACACACAAAGCCUCCUCCCGUCUCUCUCACAAGUCUGUCCAUUUAUAAUAACCUAAUGUCACACACGUCAGUCCUCGCCUUGACCCCUCCAUUCUCCCGCUUGCCUCCUUUCUUUGCUUUAACAGUUAAUGCAGCCGAACCCAGAGUGUACACACACCUGAAAUAUUGUAUGGAUAAAAGAUUCUAGCAUCAAGAUAUAUGAGAAGAUUACAUUUGGAUGGGGGGGGGGUUAGUUAUUGAUCAGUAGUGGAGUGUAUUGUAAUAUCCACAUCUGUGAUUUGGUGGCUGUCUGUAUCCAAUACAAAUGUCUUCUUAUAAACUACCCUGCAAAGAAAAAGUAAACAGAUGGUCUGCUGGACUGAAGCAUAAUGUGUAACUCAUCCAUAUUCUUUUAUUAUAUUAAUGAUGGUCUUUUGAUACAGAAUCUGUCUGAAGAUGUUCUUGGCCGACUGAUUGUUGCGGUCUGAAAAAGCCUCGUCGUAUCAUGUUUUUUUUUUUCUCACCUCCCUCUGAAGAUUUCUUUCCACCAGCUCCUGGUAGACUGCAUGUUGACAGCUUUGAGUUGCAGUUCAUGAAUGUCUGUCCACAUUUUUCUUUCUUUCCUGUACGCCCAGUUAAAGUUUUAGGAACCCAAUUCAAAACCAAAAGGUUUUAAAGUUGCGAGUAUUAGUCUCAACCUGUUUCCCGUUGUCCACUUAUUAUUUUUUUUUAACCAAUUUUUAUGUUAUGCUGCCGGUAGUGAAGGGAAUCUGUGUGAUUGAGAGUUUGGCCAGUAUAAGUAAAUGAUUGUUUUGAACUGAAUUGGUGGCAAGGCUCCUGUUUUAUUAUUUGUUUCUGUCUUGAUUUCCUUUUUAUUUAAAACAAAUUGUAACUUCAAAAGUUUGUGUCGACAUGUGAAGCAGUACGUUCAGAAAAGAUACGUUGGAAAUUCAGUGCUAUAACUGUACAUAACUUUAUUAGUCUUUACGUUGGCCCAAUUUGGACAAACUCCUCCGACUAGAUUUAUAAUUACGAACAGAUUUUAAUGGAUUGCAUUGCUUUACCCAAUGUGUGAAGUCAUAUCUGUUUAUGUUUCUGCUGGAAAUCUUUCUUUAAAGUCUCAAUUAAAAAAAAAAAAAUCACCAUUUCAA